AUGCCCCACGUCAUAGCUCAAAACUCCUCGGAUGUUCGAAUUUUCCAAUUAACAGAAAUGUGAGUUCACGGGAUUUUUUAAAUGGUUUUUUGCCACGUCAUAGCUCAAAGUAUUGCGAAUUCUCUAGCUCAUUUUGAAAAACGCCCCACCAGUCGAAAAAAUUCCAUGCAUUUUUUCGUUUUUUUUUUCGAAUUCGAAUUUACAUAUAUUUUCUUCUUGUUUUUCUUGGUUCCUCGUUCAUUUUUCUUCAUUUUUUUAUAUUUCUCAAAAAAAAAAAAUAGCUGGGCCCCUCUCAAAAAUCCCUUAAAAAUCCAAUUUGUCUGUGUGUGUGAAAAAUGAGGUCAUAUUUUUUAUAUAUGUAUAUAGAUAGAUAUCUCAUUUUUUCAUGUGAAACGCAAAAAGGCAAAAAAUUGGGUGGUGUGAAAGAAGAAGAUGACUAAUUUUUGACGACAUUUUUGCUCUAGCCCCAGGCCAAAAACGCAAAAAUACUACGCAUCUUUUUUUAGAGUAAAAGGCGGCCAAAAAUUAUUAUGUGACUCUCGAUGAGCUUUUUUUUCACGCAUAACUUAAAACAAUUUAUUAUUUCCAGUUUUUCUAGUCGGCGAUUUCUUUUUUUUUCAUUUUUUGAUUUCAUCAGGAGAUUUUAGAAAGUACUGUAUUUUUGAAAAAAAAAAAACUCCGUUCCAAAAUUUUAUUUCGAAAAUUUUACGGAUUUUUUUGUUCUGACAUAUUUUUAGGGGACUGUAGUACUGUAAAAAUCUUAUUAUAAUCUUCUUCCUCUCUGAAACUUUGGUAUUCCAGGUUCUGAAAAAGUACUUUUGAACUAGAGUGAAUUUCAGAAACUUUAGUUUCCAAAUUUCUGAAAUUUAAAUCAAAAGAAAUCACGUGGCACUUGUUUUCCAAAAAAAAAUGGUAGAUUAAAAAUUUUGCCAAAAUUUUUGAAAAAAAAGUUCAAAAAACGUUAUUUCCCGCGUCCUUUUGUCUUUCACUUUUGGUUUUCCGUCCAGUUUUUUCUUCUUUUUAGGCAGUCGGACACAAAUCAAAAAAGAAAAAGGACAUCAAAAAGUUUGAUGUGUGAGAAGAACAAGCUAAGCAAGAAGUGAAAAAUUCAAUUUUUCUCCAGCUUUUCCUUCUUCUUCUUCCUGACUUCUUCUUCUUGACACUGACAAAAAUUUCAUCCAUUUCAUUUCUAUGUUUUUAUUCGUAUUUUAUUUUCUCGUCGAGAAAAGUGUCCAUCAAUUUGUUUUUAGGUUAGAGGCCCCCUUGAAAUUGUCUGGUGCACUUUUUUGAAGUUGAAGUUUAUUUUCGGUAAACUUCGGACAUAUUUAUUUUUCAUCGGGUUUCAGAUUUUUUGCUCAAAAAUUAAAUGCCAGAUGUUUUGAGAAAUUUCCAGAUUUUCUGAGUUUUCAGGAAAAAAUUUGAGCUACAGUAGUUCAUUUGUGCCACGUGGAUUUUUUAUGAAAUUUUCAGAUUUUGUCACGUGGAUUUUCCUUGUUAAUCUUGAAAACAGAUCCACGUGGCAUUUUUCGCGUCAAAAUACAGUAAUCCUAAACUUCUAACAAAAUUUUGAAUGUUUUGGAAUUUAGUUUACAGUAAUCCAGCUAAUUUGAAAGGACAUGUAGCUUUAAAAAGUGAUUCGCUACAGUAUCUCGAAUUUAAAGGUGCAUUAUAUUUGUAUCCUACAGUAUCCAAAAAGGUUAAAGGAAGUUCCAAAAAAAAUCAGUGGUUUCUAGUAAUCCUUGAAAUUUGACGGAACUAGUAUUUUCCACGAUAGCCUUAAAUUAAGAUCUCUAACUUCAAAGGUACAAACCUACAGUAACCCAAAAACUCUCAUUGUCAAAACCAAUUUUUCGUUUUUUUUUUCAAUCUCGCGCUCAAAAUAUUCCCCAGACUAUUUUUUCUGAUUUUUCCAACCCCAAAAAAUAUGUCAAUCCAAAAUAUCCGCCUACCCAAAAAAAAACGAAGCAAAAAUACAUUUUUUUUUUUCUGUUCAAGCUUCUUCUUCUUCUUCUCACAUCAAUUUUUGUUUUGUUUUUUCUCAAUUUUAUAGCACAAAAAAAGUCAGAAAGUAGGAGAGAGAAAAGAGUAAGUAAUCAAAUUCAGAUGGUCCAUUUCAUUUCUUUUUCGUCGUCAUUUUUUUUUCUGUUUUUAGUUUUUGAGUGGGUGCUGAAAUUAUUGCUGAAAAUCUGAAAUUCGAGUAGCUCAGUGGUUGUGGUAGCUGCUGUCAAUCUCAUGGUCACAGGUUCAAAUCCCGGUGUCGUCUUUUUUCGUUUCUCAUUUGGAUUGCAGCUGGGACUUUUGUGAAAAAUUGCCUGGGGGGUUUAUUUACUGAAAUUUUCUGAAAUCUGAAACAAAUCAGAAUCUUGCCACGUGGAAUUCUGGAGCCAGAAGAUUUUUUGAAGAGACGAUGCUGAAAAUCUCUAUAGCCCGGGAUCAAAUCUGAAAUUCUGAGAACCAAUGGUAGUGGUGACUGCUGUCAAUCUUCGGUUCGAUGGAAUUUUUCUGAAAAUUUCAAAAAUCUGGCUGAAAAACAGCCUAGGGCUAUAAUUUCCAAAUCGAAACUGAAAUUGAAAUUGAAAUUGAAAAAAACAAAUUAUUUUGUUUUGUUGACCUUUUUGUUUAUGCAGUCGGUUUUUUUUUUUUAAAAAAAAAGUUGAAAAUUGCUCAUUUUUGCUCAACAAGUGUUCUCAAAUAUCAAUUUUUCUUUUUUUUUCUGAAGAAACAAGAAGUUUUGUGUAGUUGUCGGAGAAAAAUGAAGAAAAGCACAAGUUUCAGAUUUCAUGUGCCAAUUUUCUCUUGAGAGGAAGUUUCUUUUUGAUUUAUUUAAUAUAAUCCUAACUUCUUCAUGAAGAUUUUGCCACGUGGCAUUUGCCCAAAACAAUUCUCCACAUGUUUUUUUCCAAUUCCAACCCUCAAAUUAUCUCAAAAACCAUCUCCCCCUCCUCCUCAUCAUCACAUAAAAUUACGAACCGAACUCGCGUUUUUUAGUCGGAAAAUUUUCGCAAUUUUGUGUGGGUCUCAGCCGGCUCGCGGAGCAUUUUAAUUUUCUCCGUAAAAAAAUGAUUUGAAAAAAGUUUUUCUCGGGGGAAUUUCGUGAACAUUGGUCUUCUGAACAAUUAUGAUUUUUUGUUCUUUUUCCUGGUUGCGAUAUAUCCAUUACAAAUUGUUUAGCCUGAAUUUGAGAUUCAGAUUUUUCAGCUGGAAAUUUCUAGGCUUCAGGCUUUAUUUUUAGUCCACCUUGAAAAUCAAUUCCUAUCUUAUCCAAGGCCCACUAAUUUUUGCCACGUGGAUUUUCCAAGUCUAUUCUGAAAUUCCUGUUUUCCAUAGUCCCUGGGGAAUAUUCAAUUUUUCAUUUCGAAAAAAAAACAACGAAAACAAUUGAAAUAGGUUAGAUGUGCAGUACUUGUUAUGCCCUUCUGAUUUUAUUUUCUUCUCUUUUUUAUUUCAUUUUUCACUACAGCUCCUCUUCUCUCAUUUAUUAUUUUUUAUGGAUGUGUUUUUUUUCUAGGUCUUGAAUUACAGUAACCCGUAGGUGGAAUGAGAAGCGAAAUUUUUGGGGAACAGAUGUUCAGUUAGGUUGGUCACAUAAUUUUUCUAGGCUUGAGUUCGGGCUUCAAAUAACUACGCCUAAACGUUCAUCGAAUAAAUUCAGGUCAGGACCAGUUGAAACUUGUUCAAAAACCAAAUUUUCAGAGAUGUCUGAACAUUUUCUGAAAAUAACUCAAAUCACUUGGGACUUUUUUGAACUUUUUUCUAAUUUUGGAAAAAUCUGCAAAUUGUUCCUUGUUAAUCUGAACUUUUCAAAUUUUUCUAGCAGAAAUUAUUGAAUUUUUUUCUCUGAAGAUGACACUUUUUUUCAAAAUUCUAGUCUAGUCUUAAAAAACGUUCCAGACAGAGUUUCAGAUAUCUGAAACUUGUGUAGUUCUUAUUUUCCUUCCCACCUAAAAAAAGGGCACAAAAACAAGGGUACUAUAGUUUUUGCGUCAUUUUUUUCUGAAAGAAAACACUUGACUUUCAAUCAAGAAAAAAUCUCGAAUUUUUUGUUUUUUUUUUUUUGAGAGAGAGAGAGAGAGAGAGAAAAAUAUCUGAAAUUCAGCAUCAGAGAAUAAAAUAAUCAAUCCAAUUUUUGUCGCGACUAACUAACCUAAUAAAUUUUGUGUUGCGUAGAUUUUUUUGAUGAUGAUGAUGAAAAAUCUAGUCUUUGUUUUUUGAAGAUUUUUUUGUUCGACACGUGGAAUUUUUGCGUUAUUCAAAAAAAAUUUCAUUUCUGAAAAUAAUCCAAAAAAAUUCGAAAUUUUCCUGGUUUUGUUUUUCGAAGAUGUUUUUUUUUCAAAAAUAUUUUUUCCAGACACACACUUUCAUAUUUUUGUUGGUUCCGAUGAAUCGCCUGAAUCCGAAUUCAUAUUAUUUUUUGUCGAAGGCGUAAAUAAUAGUUUUUGUGUGUUUGCUGUGUCGAAAUUUUGUUUGGAUUUUAUUUUUUGCUCUCCAAUUUUUCAUUGUGCUUCAUUGAUCAUCAACAUAUCGAAAAUAUUCGGAUUUGCAUAUUAUUUUUUGGAAUUUUAUUUUAGACAAGGUGAGUUUUGGGAAAAAUUUAGGGAGAUUUCUCAUCUUACUGUAGUUUCGGUGAACUUCCUGAUCUUUAAUAUUUGAGGCCAAAAAAAUUGAAAAUAAUUUUUCAAUUAUACUAAAAAAUAAAUGAAAAUGUUUAUAAUUGCUAUCUUCAAUUACACUUUAUUUUCCUGCAUUUUUUGUAGCAUAUAAAAAGUGAAUGUUAAAAUUUUGCCACCACAAAAUGUUUCAACUUUUCAGAUGGUUUGCGAUAUGGGAAGUGUGAACUAUACGGGUCCCGAAUGGCUGGAAAACUCGAUUGCCGAAAUUGAUGUGACCUAUUCGAAAAUUCAUCCAUAUGUUUCGGUGGUUCUGUGUCUAGCAGGUUGGUUUUUUCCGGCGAAGAAAUUUGUGUGCCACGUGGAGAUUUUUUUUGAAAUGUUUUUUGGGACCCGGAAACUAUUAAAAAUUAUAAGGAUUUUGAAUGAGUUAUUUCCUGUUUUCUUUGGAACUUUAUUUUGGUUGUUGGGAAAAAAGUUCAAAAAAAAGGAGGGAUUGAGGAUUUUGAGAUUAAAAAUCCACGUGGCAGAACUUUUAGUUAGGCUCAGACUCAGGAGUGUCAAAAAACAUAGGCCUAUGUUUAGGCUAAUUAAAAAUAUAGGUUGAAAAAAAUAUAGGCUUGACAAAUAUUUCAGGCUUGGUAAAAAACCUAGGCGUGUGUUGUUCUCUAGUUAAAAAGUUAUAGGCCCAUCCUCAGGCUUGUCAAAAAAAAUGUCAGUUAAAUAAAAACAAUUAAUUUUGCAGGCACCGUAAUGAACAUCAUAACAGUAGUUGUGCUAACUCGCCCAACAAUGCGCUCUGCCGUCAAUUCGCUGCUCUGCGCAAUUGCUCUUUGCGACAUUCAAGUGAUGACAUCGAAUUUGGUUUUCGUCACACAUUUUUUACUUUUUGCCGGGUACAGGUUUGUUCCAGAUUUCCUGCAUGAUUCUCCGCUUUUUUUUGCCUUUUGCCUUUUUUCUCACAAUUUUUAUCCCAAAAUUUUUGAGUGACACCAAGUGAGUUUUUAUAUGCUUCUCCUAUCAUUGUGAAUUCUUCUAACUUCUACCUUUUGGUUUUUUUUUUGAAUUGCACUCCAUCUUUUUUUGUGUUCUUAUUUGGAUAGGUUUUUUCAGUUAGUUAGCUAGCAUAAGAUUUAGAACGUUUUUUAGUUACUUUUUCGGUUUUUUUAAUGGGGGUGGAGUUUUAUGGCGGAUUUUUUGCCACGUGGAAUUGUAUCCGAAAAUCCACGUCAUUUUGAAUCUAAAUAAGCCUAAGGUUACUGUAGAUUUUUUAUCUACAGUAUUUUGAAAUCCACCCACAAAAUAAACUCUACCUCCUAUUUUCUACCCAUCCACAAUUCUCCAUAACCCUCCCGAAAUUUCCAGAUGUGAUCCCACGGACUACAACAUUUAUUGGGCCUAUUUUCUCUACUAUCAUUCUCAAACUACCGUAAUCUUUCAUGCCACAUCAAUUUGGCUUACUGUACUUUUGGCGCAGAUUCGUGUGUUUUCGAUUCGUCGUGCGACUUCUGUGGGUGGCGAAUCGGUCACAAAUCAAACUACGAUAGUUAUUGCUGGCGCAACUUUUGUUGUAGUGAAUAUGUUGAAUAUUCCGAAUUUUAUGACUUUCAGGGUGAGUUGGGUACUGUAGGAGGUACUGUAGAAUUCUCUGGAUUGUAAAGGUUCAACUUCAUUUUUCUAACAAUAAAUAAAUUGUUUUUUCCCGAGAAAUUUCUGCAAAAUUCCAAAUGUUUCCAGAUAAUCGAUGCCGACUCAAAUACCUGGUUCCAAAAUUGUGGCGAACUGAAUUAUACGGUCAAAAUUUAUCUGGUCACCGCCUCAGAACAUUGUGAUUUAUUGAAAGUUAGUGGGGAUUCUGAACAUUUCUGAUGAAAUUUCAAAAAAACCCAGCAAAAAUACGUUUCACAGUUUUUAGAAAUUUUUACGAUUCACAGAAAAAUUGAUGAAUUUCCACCCCAGAAUCAUGUGCAGAAAAUCAAGGUCCUCAAACCUCAAUUCCUUUUUCUAGAUCGCUUAUUGGACCAAUGGAAUAUUAUUCAAAGUUGUUCCUUGUCUCCUCCUCACAUUCUCCAUCGUCGCCCUUGUUUCAAUAAUUCGUGAUGUCUCACAACGUCGCAAGAACUUAGCGCAAGUCAUGAAUAAGAAACGUAUGCCACGUGAUCACACAACCCCGAUGUUGGUCGCAGUUUUAUCGAUUUUUCUGUUCGCCGAAUUGCCGCAAGGACUUUUGCAUGUUUUGAAUGCGAUUUUCACGGCUGAAAGUUUUCACGACAAGAUUUAUGCGCAUUUGGGAGAUACUAUGGAUUUUUUGUCGUUGAUUAAUUCGGCGGUGAAUUUUAUCAUUUAUUGUGCGAUGAGCCGGAAGUUUCGAUGUGUAUUUAUUCAGAUUUUCUUGGCUUGCUUGCCCCAAAGUGUUAUCAGGUCAGUGUGGGGUUUGAAGGAGAAAAGGGCUUGAGAUUUGAGAAUUUUUAAUUUUUCUAUAGGACAGUUUUGAUUUUCCCAGAUUUCCGAAACUUUAAGAAUUUCAGCCUUGAUCAAAAAUCCACGUGGAAUAUUUAGAGAAUAUUCAAAAUCAGAAUUUUUGAAUAAGAAUUUGCCAAAUUUUUCAAAUUUCAAAAAUGUUGAAAUCCACGUGGCAGAUUCAGACGAUGCAAAAACGAAAAUUUUCACAGAAUGAGAUUUUUGCCACGUGGAUAUUUCGAAAUGUAAUUUUCAGACUUUCAAAACUUGAAAAAAUUCACAGGCAAAAUUAUUUCUCAAAAAUCCCAAAUCUCCAAAUUAUUGUUCUUCAGAAAAUACGCAAUGGAAGCGUUUGUCGAAGGCGAUUUCUCUCGAAUGCGACCCACCGAUUUGACUCGAACCGAACAACUUGCACUAACUUCACAUCGAGUGUCAGCGAGUUCAGUGUUGUUGCCGCCGUCCAGAAAUAACGAGCAACCGAGAAUGUAUUCGGGAAAUUUGUUGACUGCUGGUGGGUGGACUAGAAUUUUAUGAGCCCCUCGUAAAUUCCGAACCCCAUGCUCAUUUUCAGACGGAGCAAUCUACAACUCGUCAACUCCUCGAACUUCAGUCGACAUGAUUCGCAAAGAAUCCGAAGUCAGCAGUGUUGUCGAAUUUCAGCUGGCUGUUCCAACAACUCUGAAAAUCACUCAAGAAAAGCCGAACAUUCUGAAUCGAAUUCUGAAAUUGUUCCGACAAUCUGAUGAUUCUUUUCAUACAAGUAGUCCACAAAGACGAUUGAAAUUGAUGCAAUGCGAGACAAGUGCGCUCUAUUGA